CAACCCACCGCUGCCUUCUCCUCCCUCGUCCCUGCUGCAGGGGAGGAGCUCCUCCGUCUGGCAGCAGUGGAGCUGGUCUGGAGUACCCUGCAGGCCGAUCCUGUAGGCACCACUUCGCCUUCCUCCUCCUCCUCGUCCUCCUCAACUUCAACCUCCUCCUCAUCCUCCUCCCCCACCACCACCGAUACAGCCACACAUGAUCCCUCCUUAGGCGACCGCUUACUGCACGGCAUACACAAGACCAUCGCCGACCUCUCCUCAGGCCUCGGCUGGUCUGACAGUCAAGUAGCGCAAGCGGCACGGGCGGCAGCGAGCGCUGCUGCCGCCGUACUCCUGGCCCCUCCCAACACGGCAGGGGACGUGGCGGGGGGCGAGCAGCCGGCCGGCGGGCCACAGCAGCAGCAGCGGCAGCAGCAGCGGCGGCUGCUGGAGGAGGGCCGGGCUGCGGGAGAGGGUGGCAUGAAGAAGCGGGAAGGGGCGGUGGCGGUGACUGAUAGCCUAAUGAACCAGGCGGCGUCUGUGUUGACGGGAGCGGCGGGAUUCCUGGCAGAUAAGUGGGAGGUACGAGCCUUUCGGCGGGGGAUGUGCGAGGGGGGUUAAGAGGGAGAUGGGGGGAGGAAAAGGAGGAAGCAAAGCGAAGCAAAGCUAGCUGAUGUGGCGAGAAGGAGAACGCUUCAGGCGAGCAUCACCGUUUCUCCCUGUCUCUUGAGUCUACCUCGACUGCAAUCGAGAAGGGCCGCUGGUAGCUCGGAUUGCACGAGGAUGGUCAGGGCCAUGCGUGCAUGCGUGGGUUAUUUAGAUGAGCGGAGCCCGCCCCUGCUGCCCCGCGGCUGCUGCUGCUGUCCAUUGCACUGCCCCCACUGACCCCGCUGCUGCCCCCACUGUCCCCAUUGCCCCCACUGCCCCCACUGCCUCUACUGCCCCCACCGCAGGUUGGGGAGCACAUGUAUGGAUUCGGAGCAACCCCUAGCAAGCAGGACCUGGCCACCGUCGCCCGAGCGCUGCUGGCGCUGGUGUACCUGGACGGCGGCUACAGCGCCGGGGUGCGGCGGCUGCUGGCGCCCCUGCUGGCGGAGCUGCUGGUGGGGCAGGAGCCGCAGCAGCAGCAGCAGCAGCAGCAGGGGCCUUCAGCGCAACGGGCCUCGGCAGCAGGGGCGCUGCCAGAAGGGAAGACCGCUGGCGGCGUGGAGGGCGGUGGAACGACCCGGCAGCAGGGGACGAAACAGCAGCAGCAGCAGCCGUUGGACUUGAAGGCGGUCGGGCGGCGCUUGAGGGAGCUCGUACGGGAGGACAGGUUACCGCGCUGCUCGGAUGACUUGCAUACCGCUCCUGCCGCUGCCGCUGCGGCUGCUGCUGCGGCUGCUGGCACUGCUAGCCAACCAGGUCAGCCCCCGAAGAAGAGCCUAAAGCAGCAGCAGCGGAGCGCCCCGGACGAGCUGGGGAAUGAAGAGGAAGACGACGCAGCAGCGACAGCAGCAGCCGCGCCUUUCGCUGCGGAGAUGGGUGCUCAGGGCCAGAAUGAGGAAGUGGAGGAGGAGGGCGAUGUUACAGCUGCUGCUUCGGCUCCUGGUUUUGCGUGGGCUGUGCCAAUGGACGGACCGCUGUCCUCUGCAGGCGCAACCGGAGCAUCUGGCGGUGCGGACGGGGGGCUGCCGGCUGUUGCAGAGGCGCGACUGUUACGGAGGCUGCUGGUCGGGCUGCGGGUGCAUGGGGAGGGCUACCAGCCGGGUGACAUGGAGCAAUUCGCGGCCCUCUUGGAUCCCUGGUAUGCCGUCAUCUCCAACUUUAAGGCCGACAGUGACCUACUGGGCAGACCCCUGCCCUCCGGUGCCGCCCGACAACGCCUCGUGCCGCAGCUUGCCGCGCAAUCCCGAGCGCUGUUGGUCCUGGGGCGGGCGGUGUACGGCACCGUGGUUUCGGAGGUGCUUUUGGAACGGCAGUUGGAGGAGCAGGCGGCGGUGCCGGCAGGUGAAGCCAUUGUACGGCGGCGGGCUGCUGCGGACCCCAAAGAACGGCGAAAGGAGACGGAGGAGUUGAGGAAGGAAAGAGAGACCCUUGGGUCGGAGGCGAUGCGGUUGGCGCAAAUGGAGGUCGGCUUGGGAUUGCGGUUAGGGCCGCAAGUGGAAUCGAAAAGCGAAGUAGGAGAAGAUGGGGAUGAGGUGGAUGAGGAUGGGGAUGAGGAUGCGGUGCCGGUUGGGGGCUGGGGGAUGAAGCAGCAGGCGGAAAGGCGGCGGGCGCUGGCACGGAGUGCGGAUGGCGUGUUGGGGGCUGUUUUGCUGGAGGGAGGAUUGCGCCAUGCGCGCGCUCUAGCUCGAGCGCUUGUUGUGGUGGGCGAAGUGGAAGACAUGAAACGGCGGUUGGGGGAGUAGCACCGGAAGUCUGCACCUCACUGGGGUGCACCUCUUGGGUGUAUGCCCUCGUAAAUACCGGUAUGCCCAGCCGCUGACGUGCUUUGUUUGCAGAACGGCUCUGUAACAGUGACUAGGCA